UACUUCACAUAAAAAUAGAAACUAUAGGUGUCAAAAACUCAAAACACAAACAAAAGCUUUAGGUUCGAAUACAAACAAACAUUUACGUACACCUGCAUUCAAUCAAAAAUGUCUAAUGUUAAAAAAAUGAUUGGUGAAGCAGCGGAAGAUAGAAUAAUUGAUACGUUAACGCAGCCCUUUACCCUGCGUGCGACGCCUUACCCAAGUGACAAUUUUAGCGAAAUAACACAAAAAUUUUGUCGUAUAGAAGACAGCGUGAUUUCAAAUUUGAUUAACAUAUGUAAAGUCAUUGUGAUUGGAGAUGUUUCUGUAGGUAAAACAAGUAUUAUAAACAGGUUUUGUCAAAAAAUAUUUGACUGGAACUAUAAGAGCACAAUUGGAGUUGAUUUUGAAGUUGAAAGAUUUGAUAUAUUGAAAAUACCUUUCAAUUUGCAAAUAUGGGACACAGCUGGUCAAGAAAGAUUUAAAUGCAUAGCACAGUCUUAUUAUAGAGGUAGCCAUGCGGUCGUACUGGUGUUUGAUUUAACGGACUUAAGUACCUUGCAACACACAAAAACUUGGUUAUCCGAAGCCCUAGAGGCUUGCUCAAGUACGUCGCCUUUUAUAUUCCUUGUAGGAACAAAAAGCGACCUAAUAGGAAAGUUCGCUUAUAAACAUCUUGAACUAUCAGCGAUCAAAAUGGCAAAUUCACUAAAGGCGGAGUACUGGAGCGUUUCUUCCAAGACUGGAAAGAACAUAAAUAAUUUAUUCUUCCGGAUAGCCGGUCUUACUUUUGACAAGACAAUUCAAAAAGAAGGUAGUAGGCCUAGUAUUAGUAAGCAAAUUGGAUCUUCCGACGUUAUAUCCUUCAAGAGAAGUCAAAUGGCCAAGGCAAACAAAGAGAAAAGCUGUAGCGGCUUAAAAUGCCAGUAAAUUCUCCACCGGUGAUAAUAAUGGACUUUAUUUUUUUUACAAUAUAUUUAUGAACAUGGAAAAACCUAGUAAAUGAUUUAUAAAUAAUAAA